AAUAAAAAUUCUCAGAUACAGAUACAUAUACCGGAAAUUCCGUCAACAAAUUUCCAUGAUCAAAAUUCACAUAUUUCGUUGGCAUUUUAGUUAAACUUCUUUACAAAAAUGCAUUCAGUGUUGCCGUUGAUGUAUCGUAGAAGGAGUUCCCAUCUGAAGGCCCUCCAAUGGACGAUCCAGUCGAGCCAGAAUUUCUUCAAGAUGAGCUUCAAAGCGCCAUCGAUAAAAGUGCCUAAGGCUGCCGCCAUUAAGGAAUUGGCCAAUAAACCAACGCAACCCCAGUCUCAGCCCUCGCAAUCGCAGUCUUCGGCAACACAACCAACUCAACCGCCUCAGCAAGCGGAAAUCAAAAAGAAUCCUUUGACAAUGGGCGCCAUUAGCCCCGCACCACCCACUCCCAUUAGCCCAAAACCCUCAGUUCAACCAAAAAUCCCAGAUCAGCGGGCCAAGUGGAUGGCCAAGGUUUCUCCGGAAUCGCAGAGAAAAGCGAAAUUGGCAGCUGCAGGAGGUUCUCCGCCUUCCGGUCCACCAAAGAACCAGUUUAGCCAAGCAAAUAAUCCCAGUUUCGCGAUGCCCGGUCAAAGUUCGCCUGCAAACUUUAGUGCUGCACCUAAAACUCAAGCCUCCUGGCAGCAAAAGGUGGAAAAAUCUGCGGAAAAUGAAGAUUCCGGUGCAUUCAAGGGUGCCUCUUCUGAGUCUCAACGAAAAAACUGGAUGAACCGCAUGCAGGGAUCGCAACAAAGGAAACAGAAUCAGUGGCUGAAAGAGAUGCAGGCCAAACAGCAGGCUGGCAAGGAUAUUCAGGCACAGAAGAUGCAGAAAAUGGAGUCUCAAAAGGCCACGACGACCCCAGCUGCACCACCUAAAGAAGCGGCUCCAUCCACUCCACAACCGGCCGAAAAGCCCGAAGAAAAGAGUCCAGAACAUUUGGCAUACUUAGAUGCGAUCAAGCAACUGAAUAGCUAUCAGGUUUUGGAACCCACUUCCGGCAGAGCCACCACCAAGAGCAGUAGAAAGGAACAGGAUCCGGUUAUCGAGCAAACUUUGGAGUGCCUGGAAAAGUCGGGUCUUACGAAAAAGGAUCUGAAGGCCAUACCCGUAAUACAGGUAGCCGGUUCCAAAGGACGGGGCUCAACGUGUGCCAUCGUGGAGAGUAUUCUUCGGUGUCAUGGGGUGAAAACUGGUGUUCUCUCCUCGCCGCACCUGUUUUUAACCAGCGAAAGGAUAAGGAUCGACGGUGAACCCCUGAGCGAUGUUCAGUUUACGGAACUCUUUUGGAAAAUCAACACUGAUCUAGCGAAUAUGCAACCCACACCUUCCUAUAACAAAAUCAUGACGGUCAUGGCUUUCCACGCUUUCCAUCAAGCCGGCGUUGAGGUGGCCAUUUUAGAAGUGGGAAAUGCAGGCGCCAGUGAUGCCACCAACAUAGCCUCGCAUGCCCAGACCAUAGGGAUAACAACAUUGGGAUGGGAGCAGAGCUCGAAUUUGGGAAAUUCUUUAAGGGAUAUAGCCUGGGCGAAGGCGUCCAUUAUGAAGCCGGAGGCCAAUAUCUAUACGAAUGUCACCCAAACGGAAUGCUGUGAGGUUUUGGCCCAAAAGGCCAAACAAAUUGGCGCCCAACUUCGCCGUGUGCCAACAUUUAACGACUAUGUCGAAGGUGAUAUGAACAACAAGCUGCUGAUGAACAAGGCAAACUACUCUAUGAGAUUGAACGGAUCCCUGGCCGUACAAUUGGCCUACGAUUUUUUGAAGCGACACAAGCCCGAAUAUGUGGUAGGAUUGGAACAUAAUUCUACUCUGCUAACACCGGGAGCUAGUCGCGGAAUCGAGAUCUUUGAACAGCCCGGACACUUUGACUUCAUGCGACACGACAUGUUUAAUGUCUAUUUGGAUAGCGCCGAUACCUUUGAGUCGAUGAUGGCCUGCCGGGAUUGGUUUUACACCAGAACACGUGCAAAUCGACAGCCAAAAAUCCUGCUGUUUAACAAGGUCAACGAGUUCAAUGCCAAGGAUCUUCUGACUAUUAUACGCAGUAAUUUGCGCUUCGAAGAGGCCUGUUUUGUGCCCAAUCCCAACUACUUCGAGGGCGAAAUCCUGGCCGAGGAGGAUGGUAAGGCGAUGGUAUGGCACGGCAUGGAGGAGCUGCAAAGGGCCAAGAGGAAUGCCGGAAAUUGGAGAGCUCUCUGCGAGGAGAAUGGCAAAAGGGACAACUCGCAACUUUCCAUAUCCAUCAAUGCCUUCUUCGAGUACCUGACCAAUAAGUACGGCAAACAGAAGUACGGAAUGAAGAACGAACUGGAUGUCCUGGUCACCGGCUCCCGGCAAUUGGUGGCCGCCACCAUAUCGUGUCUACGAAAAAUGAAGUCAUCGAAUCCUUGGCAAUGAAAAUAUAGGCUUAGAGAAUUUUCCUAUGUUUUAUUCGCCUUAAAUUUCGUCGUGGUUUACGUUUACUUGUCUCUUUUUUUGUAUAUAAAUACAAUUGUAAAAAUGUUU